CGGGCGCCAGGGAGCGCGGCAGCGGCGGCCCCGGGGCGGCCGCGCGGCGCAGCGGAGCGCGAGGAGAGGAGCGGAGCCUCCGGGAUACGACGGGCUGCGUGUGCUGAGCCGAGCCGAGCGGCGUUCUCAACGGGCUUCUCCUUUUUUUCAUUCUGAUUUUGCUUUUCCAGGGUUUCUAUUUUUCGCCUUUCUCGUUAUUUUUUUUUCUCGUCUUAUUGCGUUUUGGUUUUUUUUUCGUUUUUUGCAUUUUGCUUCUGCGUUUUUAUUAUUAUUUUUGAGGAUUUUCCCCCCCGCUUUUUCUCUUCCAUUAUUUCAUUUUUCCAUCUUCCUCAUCGCCGCCUCCUUUUAAUUUCUCCCCACACGUCGUUUUUGGUUUUGUUUUUUUUUUUUCCAUCGCCGGGGACGCCCCCCUCCCCCCCUUCUUUUUUCUCCCCCGUUUUAUGCCCGGGCGCUGCCCCCCUGCCUCGGCUCCCCCGUCCCCAUGGCUCCUUGAGCCCCCCCCUAUGCCCCCCGCCUAUGCCCUCCCCGCUGGGCGCUCCCCAUCCCCUCCGCCGCCGCCUUCCCCCAUGGUGCGGCCCCGCCGCGGGCCGGGCGCUGCGGGCGGCUCCGGGGGCGGCGGCUCCGGGGGCGGAGGCGGCGGACGGGCGAUGAGGAGAUAGAGGCGCGGAGCGGAGCGAGCCCCGGGCCGCCCUCGUAUCGUAUGUUCAGGUCCAAACGCUCAGGGCUGGUGCGGCGGCUUUGGAGGAGCCGCGUUAUCCCGGAGAGGGACGGAGGAGAUGGGAACGGCCAAAGCUCGGAGCGAAACGCGACGGCGGUGACGGCCGAGGGACAGCGCAUGGCACAGCCGCGCCGGGCGCAGGAGGGCGAGGGCCGCCCGGUGCGCUGCUGCCUGUUCGCGGAGCGGCCCGGCCCCGAGCCGCCGCCUCCUCCUCCACCUCCUCCUCCUCCCGGCGGCGCCUCUCCCCCCGGGCCGGGCGGAGGCGAAGCGCGGUCGCGGUUGGUGCUGCUGGAGCGGGAGCUGAAGGCCGUCACCUACGCGCUGCUGAAGCGGCUGAAGGAGCGCUCCCUGCACAGCCUGCUGCAGGCGGUGGAGUCGCGCGGCGGCACUCCGGGCGGCUGCGUGUUGGUGGCCCGCGGGGAGCUGCGCCUGGGGGGCGGCCAGGCGGCCCCCCCACACCUGCUGCUGGGGAAGCUGUUCCGCUGGCCCGACCUGCAGCACCCCGCCGAGCUGAAGGCCCUGUGCGAAUGUCAGAGCUUCGGGGCGGCCGACGGCCCCACCGUGUGCUGCAAUCCGUACCACUUCAGCCGGCUCUGUGGGCCAGAGUCUCCGCCACCUCCCUACUCCCGGCUGUCUCCUAACGACGAGCAAAAGCCACUGGAUCUCUCAGAUUCCACGUUGUCUUACACUGAAACGGAGGCGACAAACUCACCCAACGUCACGCCCGGGGAGUUCUCAGAUGCCAGCACGUCGCCCGAUGCCGUGAAGAGGAGCCAUUGGUGCAACGUGGCCUACUGGGAGCACCGGACACGCGUCGGCCGCCUCUACACAGUGUACGAACAGUCUGUCAGUAUAUUUUAUGACCUACCUCAAGGAAACGGCUUCUGCCUCGGACAGCUAAACCUGGAAAACAGGAGCGAGACUGUGAGAAGGACUCGAAGUAAAAUCGGUUACGGGAUUUUACUCAGCAAAGAACCGGACGGUGUGUGGGCUUACAAUCGCAGCGAGCAUCCCAUCUUCGUCAACUCCCCGACACUGGACAUCCCCAACUGUAGGACUUUGAUCGUGCGCAAGGUGAUGCCGGGCUAUUCCAUCAAGGUGUUUGACUACGAGAAGUCCUGCCUCUUGCAGCACACUGCAGAGCUGGAUUAUGCGGACGGGCCCUACGACCCCAACAGCGUGCGGAUCAGCUUCGCCAAGGGCUGGGGGCCGUGUUACUCCAGACAGUUCAUCACAUCUUGCCCGUGUUGGCUGGAGAUCUUGCUCAGUAACAAUCGAUAACAGUCAGCCUCUGACAAAAGGAAAACAAAAAAGAAAGACACAGACUAUCCCAAAUAUCAUCUACCUAGAUUUAAUAUAAAGUUUUAUAUAUUAUAUGAAAAUAUAUAUUAUACUUGUAAUUAUGGAGUCAUUUUUACAAUGUAAUUAUUUAUGUAUGGUGCAAUGUGUAUAUGGACAAAAAACAGAAAAUGCACUUUGGCUUAUAUAAUUCUUUCAAUACAGAUUUAAAGAAAAAAAAAAAUUAUACAGCAAAAAUAGGAGAGAAAAGCCCUAAUUUUGAUGUAUGGUUUUUUUGAAAUAUUAUUAAUACCCAGACAAAAAGCUACUACCAGUCACUCAUUGAUAAUAAAGUAUUCGCAUUAUA